CUACUUUUCCUAGCCAUGUCUGAGAAAGCCUUGCCCAAUGGAAACUUCAUUUGGCGUCUUUGUCCUGCCCCCUUCGUCCUGUCCCCAGUUCCGCUUCCGGCACGCCGGUGUAGUUCCAAGAUGGCGUCGGCGAUGUUGUGUGCGUCUCGAGUCUCUCGGCUACUGGACCGGGCCCUCCCACGGGUGGGGCGGCCCAUGUCGAGUGGCGCCCACGGCGAGGAGGGUUCAGCUCGUAUGUGGAAGGCCCUCACCUACUUCGUGGCACUGCCCGGGGUGGGAGUGAGCAUGCUCAACGUUUUCCUGAAGUCGCGACACGAAGAGCACGAGAGACCCCCGUUCGUCGCCUACCCCCAUCUCCGCAUCAGGACCAAGCCCUUCCCCUGGGGAGAUGGUAACCAUACCCUCUUCCACAAUCCUCACGUGAACCCACUUCCGACUGGCUAUGAAGAUGAGUAAAGAAAGCCUGCGCCUUCCCCCAGGCAACAAGGGACCACAGCACUGGUUUGGACCCUUACUCUCUGUGUGGACCAUGAAAGCCCAUUGGAUGUUAAGCUCAUCUUUCCUUUUCUUAGAUAGUGACCAUUACUCUGAUCUUCCAUCCCUUUGCUUGUAAGAGGAGAUGGCUUAAAUAAAUAACUUAAACUUAGAUUGUCCAUGA